AUGGCCAAACCGUUUAUGCUGCCGGAAUCCGGCCCAGGCGGAGGAUCUUCUUCGUCCGGUGCGGGUCCUCCUUCAAAUGCGCCGUCUAGCGCCAACGCGGCUGCUGGCAACACUGCGCCAAGCACUCCCGCUCCGAUUGGACCGGGCAGUGCGGCCACUGUGCACGGUUCCGGUGCUCCCGGCCAUAUACCGUCGGCUCCAAUCCCGGUGGUCGGUGCGAACUCGUCCCAGCAGUACCAUCUGCAGCAGCUGCACCAUCAUCACCAGCAGCUGCAGCAGCACUACCAAUCCUACCAAGGAUCGCACGGGCCGCUGAUGACCGUGCCGGGACCAUCGAUCGGUGGUAGCCUGCCGGUCGAGUCCCACCUGAUGCUGCCAAUGACACCACCGGCCAGUGGUUUUGCGACAGCCGUCCAGACACCUCAGAUGGCACCCGUCAAUGAGCAGCUCGUGCAGGCCCUGUACGAGGCCAUCUACCGCUGUUCCCUGGGAGAUGGACCCCCGACGCCAUUGUCCCAGUCACCGCCGAGCGCUUCCUGCAGUCCGUUCACCAACGGAGGCUACUACGGCUCGGGGCAGGUGUUCUUCCCACGCACUCCUGCGCCCACCAACGGUGGACGCAAUGGUGCACGUGUGUUCUUCCAGCAGACUCCGGCCCAUCCGUACACGCAGAUGCCCCAGUCCCAGCCGACACCCGGGUCAGCAACAAGCCAUUCCAGUAGCAGCGGUGUUAGCAGCUCCCUGGACACCCCGUCGUGUUCAUCCGGCACACCGCACUACCACCAAGGUCACCAGCUCCAGCCGAUCCAGUUCAACUGGCAGGACGAUGGAGACUCGAGCGAAUCGGAAGGAUCCUCCUCGCAGGCCACCUCCUCGUCCGGCUGCAGCCCGCACUGUUUGGGGAUGGACGGUGGGGCCAGCAGUUCGUUCAGCAGCAUGCCAUCGUCGACCACCCUCAUCAGCCCGUCCUCGUCCGGUGGUACACUGUACGCUGCCGUGCCACCGCAUCUCGACUACAUGGCGGGCCGGGAACAGUUGCAGGAGUUCCCGGGCAAGAUACCGCAGCGCAAACGGAAACCGCGCACACCAAAGCCGAAAAAAGCGGGUCUCUUGGAGCAACCUCUAAUGUGGCAAAUGGCUGUUACUGCGGCGGCACUGAUUGUGCUCGGAUGUGGCUAUCUUGCGGCAAGGUGA